AUGGCCGAAAUCGCCGAGUUCAUCGCCACUUUCCUCUUCCUCUACAUCAGCUGCUCCACCGUAGGCAUCCAGGGGAUCGCUUAG